GAUUUAAGGAACUGUGGGUUAUGUCACUGCCUCUCUAUGGCGCGCACGGACAAAAAUCUGCACGCACGCACGCACGAGCAGUGACUCUCACCUCUUAUAGUGGCUCAUCCUGCAGAGCUGCACGUCUGUCUGUAUCUCAGUGAGGCCAAACAGCGGAGCGGAGAGGCAGUGGAGCCAUGGCGAGUCCCGGACAGAAAGUGGUGCUGAUCACUGGCUGCUCCUCCGGUAUUGGCCUGAGGAUGGCCGUGAUGCUGGCAAAUGAUGACCAGAAGCGUUAUCACGUCAUCGCCACGAUGCGUGACCUGAAACGUAAAGACAAGCUGGUGGAAGCUGCCGGGGAUGCGUACGGGAAAACCCUCUCUCUGGCUGUUCUCGACGUCUGCAGCGAUGAGUCUGUCAAACAGUGUAUUAAUGGCAUCAAAGAUCGACACGUGGAUGUCCUGAUCAAUAACGCAGGUAUCGGCCUGGUGGGUCCCGUGGAGAGCAUCCCCAUGGAAGAGAUGAAGAAAGUGUUUGAGACCAACGUCUUUGGAGUGAUCCGCAUGAUAAAGGAGGUGAUGCCCGACAUGAAGAAAAGAAAAGGAGGACACAUCAUCGUGGUCAGCAGCGUGAUGGGGCUGCAAGGUGUGGUGUUUAAUGACGUGUAUGCAGCCUCCAAGUUCGCCAUGGAGGGAUUUUGUGAGAGCUUGGCUGUGCAGCUCUUGAAGUUUAACGUCACACUGUCGUUGAUUGAGCCGGGUCCAGUACACACAGAAUUUGAGGCAAAGAUGAUUCAGGAGGUGAAACAGAGAGACUGUCCUGGAGCUGAUCCUGAUACAGUGCAUUACUUCAAGAACGUCUACCUUCCUUCUUCUAUCGACAUCUUCGAGGUACUGGGACAAACACCUGAUGACGUCGCCAGAUGCACCAAGAAAGUGAUUGAGGCGAGUAGCCCACGUUUCCGUAAUCUGACCAACCCGAUGUACACCCCCAUCGUAGCACUGAAAUACGCUGAUGAAACUGGAGGCCUGUCUGUCCAUGCCUUCUACCACAUGCUCUUCAACAUGGGCACUCUCAUGCACGUCAGCAUGACUGCCAUGAAGUACCUCACCUGUGGAUGUCUGAGGAGCAGAACCAUUUCACCAAACUAGAAGCUUGUGUUUUGUGUACAGCUGUGAAUAUAACUGCAUAUAAAGAUGGACAACAUGACAGCUCACCAAAAGUGAGGUCAAAUAAUCUUCAUCACCCCCCCCCAGUGGCUAGCUGUAGCCCCACUUCUUCCAUGUUAGUGGAUGGGACA